UCUUCCACUUCAUUGUUGGUCCAAACAAAGCAAAGUUAAAAAUUGGGAUUAGCACUGAAGGCUGCACCCAGCUUGGCCUAGGGAGUAAGUUGCAGCAAUGAAUCUUACAACAUUUGAACCAGAAGAAAGGAACAGAACAUGAAUCUUUUAGAUGUCUUGAGUUUCAUUCAAGAAACCUUAAAGUCCCUCAAAGGAAAUGACAAAGCAAAAGCAAAUUAAAGAACAAAGACAACAUUUCUCGUCUAUAUAUAAGUUCAUACUUUUUACCCUGUAUAAAACAGCAUUCAACAUUCUGGUUUCAGAGUUCAGAUCAUAGCAUUGUCCCUCAAAAAUGGCUAGUAAUACAGCACAAGCUACACAACAGCCAGCAAGACAUUUUAACCUAGUAAGAUGUGUUACCACUUGCUUACUAGGCCUUAUUGUUCUUGUCGGUCUAGCGGUGCUGAUCAUUUGGCUAGUCAUUAGGCCACAAAAGUUGGUUUACACCCUUGUAAAUGGUUCGAUCCAAGAUUUCAACCUAACCAAUAACCAUCUCAAUGCCACAUUAGAUUUUGUUCUAAUGGCAUAUAAUCCUAACAGCAAAGUCUCUGUCUACUACGAUUACAUUAGGUCCUCAGUUACAUACGGUGAUCAAACUCUCGCGUUCAAUACGAUUGAUCCCUUCUUUCAACCUCAUAGAAAUACGAGUCGAGUAGAAUCGAAGCUCGUGGCUCUGGACUUGGCAUUGUCACCAUCAGCAUUUAAGCAACUCAGGGUCGAAAAAUCAUCCGGGGAGAUUGAAGUUGACGUUCAUUUCAAGUCAAAGAUUCGAUUUAAGGUAGGAAUAUGGAAGUCUAAUCAUCGCACUCUAAGGAUUGUGUGUUCAUCAGUGACACUGCACUUUUCUUGGUACAAACAUUUUGAGGUGAUACCAUGUGAAGAAGAACUUUAAAGAACUUUAGUUUAGAGUGAUU